AUGCCGGCUGCCUCACCCAUAAAUUGCAUGAUAAAGGUGAUUAAUGGUCUCCUGAAAAAAACAGCCAUGGACAAGCACAGAAGGGGAUCAAUUGAACAUCAUGAAACUUAUACAGGUAGGAACAUAAAAUUGUGCUCCAUUAAUGUCCAAUGCAUGCGGAAUAAAAUUAUUGAGCUUGAGUUACUUUGUGAGCUGCAUGACAUCGACGUUUUGUGCAUCUGUGAACACUGGCUUGUUGAAGAUGAGAUUGAAUACUACAGCAAUUUGGCUGGUCUCAGGAAGGUAGCUCAUUUCUCUAGGCAGACUUCAAGUGGUGGUGUAGCUGUUUUUGUGCGAGAGAGUAUGGCAUGGUCGGCAAACGCCCUAGACCUCAAAGAGUUCUGUAUUGAGAUGCAUGCUGAGUUUGCUGGGAUACAUAUUCCGGAGUUGUCACUUGUUGUGGUAAGCAUGUAUCGCUCUCCUAAUGGAAAUGUUGAAUGUUUUUUGCAGCAGCUUGAAUUAUGUGUUGGAUGUCUCAGUAAUAUUGGUUUGUUUGUAAUAAUUGGAACUGAUCACAAUAUUGAUUUGCUUGGCACGUCGGCAGCAUCCUCAGGUUUUUUGAAUUUGUUAAGAAGUCUGAAUUUGUAUAGUGCAGUAAUGCAACCUACAAGAGGUAAUGCUUCCCUUGAUAAUUUUUUCACAAAUUUGGACCAUUGGAGCUAUGUUGCUGAGGUUAGUGUUGAUCAGAUUGCAGAUCAUAAACACAUUCUCAUGGAAGCCACUUUUAUGGCAGAUGUUGUUGGAAGUUGUAAUGGUUCCAGUAGAAACGUUUCUUACAGAGUGUUCAAUGAUGGUAUUGUCAGACUUUUCUGUAAUUAUUUGGGAGUUUGGGUUGACUCUUGGUUGGAAUCUGUUAUUGAUAUGCAGGCGGUUGGUGGUUUUCAAUGUUUCUUUCAUGCUCUCAUGGAUGGUUUCAAGUUUUUCUUUCCACUAAGAAUGAGGUCGCUAAGUUCUAAAAGAUUCACAACUAUGAAGGGAAAUUCUGUACCACAAGUAAAAGACUGGUUCACUCCUGAACUAGCCCGAAUGAGAGAUAUGGUAUCCAUGACAAAUGAUUUAGCUAGAAUCAGGCCUCACCUGGUUGAACUAGCAACUGGGCUCAAGAAGGAUUACCGUUAUAGAUUGCGAGAGGCUAAGAAAAACGCCAAUGCAAAAUUCAUUGCAGAGGCUCAAAAUUCAUGUAGGGCUGCCUGGAGUCUUAUAAAUUCACAUAAGCCUAAAUCAGAAGAAGGUGAUCUAAGUUUCACAACUGCCAGUGAAUUUAAUCAGUUCUAUGUUACAUCUGUGGAGAGUAUUGUGAAUAAUAUUCCAAAUAAUAUUGCAACCGAUCUUCCCAAUGCUCUUCAGGGUAUUCCAGUUGUAGAAGGAAACUUUGAAUGGAACCAUGUAACACCUGCUGAUGUUGUAAGCAUAGUAAAUGAUUUUAGUGUAUCAAAGGCAAAAGAUAUUUAUGGAAUGAGUGUGGCUUUUCUGAGGCAGAUUAUUUGUUUCUUGAGUCCAAUACUUGCAUGCCUUAUCAAUAAGUGUAUCGAUGAGGGUGUUUUCCCUGAUGAGCUCAAGAUAUCAAGAGCAGUUCCAAUUCACAAGAAGGGUGCUCUGGACAGUGUAAGCAACUAUAGAUUCAUAUCUUUGAUCCCGGUGAUUGCAAAAAUUUUUGAGAUGGUAUUGUUUAUUCAGCUGUACAACUAUUUUGAGAAUAUUGGUCUGCUGGUUCCUGUUCAGUUUGGUUUCAGGAGAGGAAGAUCGACUGUCUCUGCUGUGCAGACUCUCAUUCAAUCAGUCCUGGAGGCAUUUGAGAAUGGAAGAUCUUCAUCGCUUUUGCUCUGUGAUUUAUCACGUGCCUUCGACUGUGUCUCGCACAAUAUUCUAUUGGGAAAGCUGGAGAAGUAUGGCCUUGGAGUCGGUGCUGUCAGACUGAUGAAAUCAUACCUGAGUGAUAGGUUGCAGGUUGUGGACUGGAAUGGUGAACUAUCAAGUCCUGCACCCUUGAAACAUGGAGUCCCACAGGGAUCAGUUUUGGGACCUUUGCUCUUUCUCAUCUCAAUAAAUGAUAUAUAUUAUUCAGUAGAUGGUGGUGUUCUGUUAUUCGCAGAUGACACAUCACUAUUUGCGGAUCAUAAGAGCGUAGAUUCUGCCAGGCUUGCUGUGAGGGAGCUGUAUCAUAGUGCGUCUCAAUGGUUUGAUCUAAAUAAGCUGGCUCUUAACAGUGACAAGACUCAGGAGAUAUCAUUCAGCCUCAAUUCUGGGAUUGCCACGGGUACUGUGAAGCUCUUGGGGUUUUCCCUGGAUAGUAGGUUGACCUGGGAGGCUCACAUCAGCCAGCUCUGCAAAAGGCUAAGUAGGGUCAUUUUUCUGCUUAGAAGGCUUGUAUCAUGUGUGCCUGACGGUUUUGUGCGCCAAGCUUACUUUGCUUUUUUCCAGAGCCAUAUUGCAUAUGGUACAAGGCUGUGA